GUGGUCCGUAGUCAGGCGUCGCCGAUCAGAAGUGAGAGCCGCUUGCUGUGCGUUCCGGGAAGCUCCGAGGAUGAUUCUACGGCGGCUGCUGGCCGUCCUGUUGCACAGCCCGCAGCUGGUGGAGCGUCUCUCUGAGUCGCGGCCCAUCCGGCGUGCGGCGCAGCUCACCGCCUUCGUUCUGCUGCAGGCCCAGCUACACGGGCAGGACGCGGCCCGGCGCCUGCGAGCCCUUGCGGCAGGGUCCGCGGGCUCCCUGGGCCGCCGCGCCGCCCGCUUCAGAGACACCUUCAUUCAGGAGCUACGCCGCAGCCUCCGGGAACGCCCGCGGCCACCACCAGGUAGCCAGAAGGGCCCAGGAGCAAACCCCUAAACCCAGGGCGGCUCGAGUCGAGGUCGCCUGCUUUCCCUUCUCGGCUCGACACCGGCCUCGGCGCUAAUUAGUCAUCCCGGACACUACGCACGGCUUGGAAUCCUGACUCAGAUGGUCCGCCUACAGAGGUCCCGCUCAUCAGAGAGCCCAGGCCAAACCGACACCCCUGGUGAAGGAAGCCCUGUGAUCGGACGGGACACAGCGUAUGAGGAAAGCCCCUGAAGCCUGACAGAAGCAAAGAUAGUCUGGGCCCUGAUACACCGCGCGGGCAGAGAGCCAUGCACCGAAGUACAACCGUAAAGAGGGUCUGCCCUCUGAAAUGGGACUAAAAUUAGUGACGGAUGUUGCUGCCUCUGCACUGAUAUAGCACGACACUACUACCAGGGGAGAUCCUGCAUGAAAAGACAAUCCUUCCUGCAUUUGCCAAAAUCCUCUGAUUAAAUAUGAAGAUGUCAAAGAGGCUGGCAUUUCAUCGGUAUCAUUUAGGUCAAUGUCACCACUCAGGAAGGAGAUGCGAAGUCCCCACUCCCAAAUUCUUAUGCCAAAGAGGCUUGUCGAUUUACUGCUCAUCUGCACAGACAUUUUUCUCCCUCCGCACUAAAUAGCCAAUCAGCUCUUUGACCAGACUUUGCUGCAGCUUAUCGUAACCACACGUGGGGAGCUUUACCUGCCAUGACCUCAGGAGACUGGAAGAACUCAUCUGGGUGCACGUAGCCCGUUUG